AUGCGUUCCCUUCUUCUUCUUCUUGCCGCGAUAGCCCUAACCACCACCGCGCAAUACCUCAAAGACAUCAACCCCACCCCAGUCGACUAUCCCGUGCAUGUCGAAUUCGUCCCUGACUCUACAGCCCUUGCUGACCUGGAGGCUCCCAAGUUAUCCGAAGUCAACACCACCGUCUUCGAAUGGUGGUACUUUGACGCCGUCUCGUCCGCUAACCCCAACGCCUCCGUUGUGCUCACUUUCUUCACUACCACCGCCACAGCCUUUCCUGCUGUCCCGCCUAAUUCGUCGUCUGUCCUGCUCACCUACGCAUGGGCUACCUUGCCGAAUGGCACCACCGUUGUCCAGAGUGCCGUUCCGAUUGAUGCGUCGGUGAUGGGCGACCGCGAUGUCAACUCGGGGGGUUGGGAAGGGACAGGGGGGUGGUCCGGGAAGAAAUCCGGGUACGAGGCGUGGGUGGGGUGGCAGGGGUCGCGCGUGAAUGGGAGUAUUCAGUUGCGUAAUCCUACUCCGCCGCUUCUACCUUGCUCGACACCUGAACAGGUCAAUCGUGCGUUGGGGCUUGGCGAGGGCUUGGGAUGGAAUUGGGGAAAUCGGCCCUUCCAGAAUACCGUCAAGACCUGGUCCUGGGGCCAUGUGCAUAUCGGAUCCUACUCGUUGGUGUGGCUGCAGUACACGCCUCGAGUGGGAGCCGACAACUCCACCACGCAGAUCAGAAGCGCCUACUUGGCCCGUGACGGCAAGGUCGUGCAGUCCGGGUGUCGCACGAGCAUCAUCAGCAUCCAGGAGCGGAUGACGUCGAGCAGCUAUGCCGUGGACGUGGUGAUGUCUGGCGUGGAUCUGCAGAUCCAAGGUACAGUGGAGGUGGCCGGUGAUGGGAAGGACUAUUUCCGAUGGAACGGGGUAGUCUGGGGGACAGUGGAGGGCCAGAGACUGGAUGGUGGAGUAGCUGUAUUUGAAGGAUUCAGGUUGUAG